AUGGCUGAAUUUUCUCCACUUUGCCAUGGCUCCCCUGGUACCUCCAAUUUCUGCGUGACUUUAACGAACAACGCGGGUCGGGAAGUCUCUCCGUGGCACGGUGUUCCUUUCCGGGCCGCCUCAGGUGCUUUCCACGUCGUCUGCGCGACCCCGGAGGGCGCCUGGGCUGACUGCCACGUGGCAACGCAAGAGAGGUUAGAGCCUCUGCGUCAUUGCUUGAAAAAAACAGAAGCGUCGUCUGGUACUAGUAACGGUAGCGCCGACACGUGGCAAGUUGUCGAGCUCCCGCGCCCUUCCCCCUGGAACUGCGGAAUCGUUCCGCAAACAUCCGCAGCGCGGCGCGCGUCCGCGGCGGAAGCUGGUCUUCCCUCCCCCUCUGCACUAAACUACUUCCUCUCGCCAGAAACCAAUUCCUCGCGAGAAAGCGGAAUCAGUAGCGCGUGCAGCAGGGGAGCGAUCACGCGCCGCGCUUCGCUGCCCGCAACUCCCGCAACCCACGCCGCGCCUUCCGCAGCCGCGUCUGACGGGCCGGUGGAAGUCGUGGAAAUCGGGGGGCGCGCGCGCGCUAUCGGGGAGGUGUAUGCGGUGGAGGCGGUAGCUGCGAUGGGCGUGCAGGACAGGCAGAGCGGCCGCCUUCUGUGGACCGUUGUGGCCGUGGCGCGCGACGAUGCCGCUGCGCCGCUCGAGCGCCGCGCCGGGGAUCGCUAUCAGGCUGGGAGGAUGGAUGGCGGGAAGGACCAGGGGGAAAGGGAGGGGGAAAGGGAGGCGGAGGGGGAAGAGGAUGGGGGAGGGGACGAAGGGGGAAUGGGAGUCGACGGGGGAGAGUGGGAGGACGGGUGGGACGGAGAGGGUGGCGAGGAUGGGGAGCGCAGCGGCGAGCGGAGGCGAAGGCGGGGUGCGCCUCUGCGCGUGGUGCUGCGAGAGAUACGGGAGUGGCUCAAGUCGCAGCAAUCGAGUCAAGAGCCGCUAUUCGCGCAGCACCUGUCGCCGCGCGAGGUCUUCUGCGAAACCGACCCCCUGCGCGUGUCCGCCGUGCUGCUGGACGCGCACGCCGCCUGGCGGAGCCUCUGGGGGGAAGCGCGCGGGGGGAGACCGCGGAGUGCUUCCGGGGACGCGGACGCGGGGGGAUGGGGAGGCGCGCGGAAAGUGGAUCCCGCGCAACGGGCGGUGCAGGGCGGAACACCGUUGAGGGGGCGGUCAGGUCCGUUACAGAGCAGGGACUGGGAGUACGGGCAGGAGAAAAAAAUCCCGCUGGGCAGGAAGAAAAGUUGGCAGGGCUGGACAGAGGACCCGCGCGGAGAGUUGGAGUCAUGGCCUUCCAAUAGUAGCUGCUUGCCGUUAGGUGGCGAUGCUGGUGGUGGUGGUGUUGGCGGUGGUGGUGGUGGUGGCAGCGGUUGCUCUGCUGGCGUUUCCAUACAAACAAGCUCGGCUGACUGCGCCAAUGGUUACUCCCCCAUUCCUUACUCCGCCCCCGUGCCCCAUUCCCUUCUUCCCCACUCGUGCCCCUUCCCCAACCCCUCCUCGCUCCCCUCCUCCUCCUCCCUCCCUGUGUCGUCCUUCCUCCCCCCCUCCUCCUCUCUCCCCCUCUCUUCCUCGCUCUCCUCCUCCACCUCUCUCCCUGCCGCGUCUUCGUGCACCAAGAGGGCGGUGUUUGGAAGCUCGUUGCUGGCAGCGUGGGAUAGCGAUGAGGGAGAGGAGGGGGAGAAGGAUGAGGAUGAGGAUGUGUAUGAUCAUGGUCCCCCUGCCCGUGACCGUUUCUUUUCCGCUCGAGACGGGCCCCAUGCUGCUGCUACUGCGGCUGCUGCUGCUGCCACACUUGCUGAAUCAGAAUCCACUGUUGUUGCCGCUGCCAGCACACGGGCAGACAGCAGCAGCGCGCACAACCAGACUGCGCUGGUCAGGCCCGGGAGCAAGGCAGGGCGGAGGAGGGAGGCUUUGGAAGGGCCUGGAGGGGCGGCGGGGCCGUCAGGGCCGGCAGGGCUGGCACGGGAGGCGGAAGGGCGGCGUAACCUACGGCGGGCAAUCAUGGGUCGGCUGAAGCGCACAGCGCACAGCUGGAAAGAGGGGUUCGGUGGGGGGAGAGCAGGCACGGAGGAGAGGGAGAGGGAGAGGGAGAGAGUAAGGAGCGGGAGGAGUGGGAAGAAGCGAGCCGGGUCGGAUGACUUGAGCUGUGUGCGGGAGGGCAGUGCGGUGGAGUGGAGUCAUGCGGAGUGCAGUGCGGUGGGAGGCUCCCUCCUGCGGCUGAGAAGUCAUGAAAUCCGAUCCCUGGAUUGGGGAGGGGAGAGUGGGGAGGGUGCUGGGCCAAAGGGGCAGCAGCUGAGGGAUAUGGAAGGUGGAGAAGUGGAAGAUUUGGAGGAGAGGGAGGCGGUGCAUAAUCAGAGGAGAUCGGAGGAUCUAGGGGCCUUCCUUGCCCCGGGGUCCUCUCGCCCGCACUCCUCCCACCACCGGUCGAGCUCAGCGCGCCCCUCCCCCCACCAGUCGCCCCGCUCCGCGCGUAGUGCUGCGCGCUUCUUCCCCAGAGGCGCCUCUGUGGGCUCCGCAGCUCCCUCAGCGCUGGGAACAGGGUCACUGCAUGCCAGGGAAUCCCCCACUGCCUCUCCCACGUCUGACAUGCAGGCCCUGGCCGCACUGUCCCAAGCCCCAGUUCCCUCUCUCCUACCCGCAGCAAGCACGGCAGCAGCGGGGGGACUAGUGGCAGUGGUGGUGGAAAAGGCGCGGCGUUGCAUCGCCGCUUGCGCUUCCCCUU